AUGCAGCUCUACAAACAGCUUGAAAAGUCCAUACACACUACCAUCGCCAUAGGAUCCUCUCCUACUGAAACAGACGUAGACGAGGCAGUGGAGAAACUCCUGGCAAUCGACAGGGCUUACCCUCUCCCUCUCUUACCAUUGCAAGAUAAGUUUCCGAAAAAGGUAGAGCCUGCUGUGUGGUGGCCAAAGCUCAAACCUAGGAAGCGGGUGAUGACGAAGAAGAAGAACAAUGGAUGGAGCCAGGAGCUAGAAGCGGAGAUGAGGGGAGUUGUUCGGCUACUGAAGACGAAAGAUCAGAAUGAGUACAGACAUGUCGGAGAGAUCGCGGUGAAGAUUAACACGAUGCUGGCCAUAUCGGGUCCUGUGCUCGCUGGACUCGCUGCGGUCAGAGCGAGUGCUUCUUCCUUUUCCUCAGUUGGGGGGUGGCCAGCGAUGCUGGCGGUGGUAGGAGGAGCGAUGGUGACGUUCGUGAAUACCCUAGAGCACGGAGGGCAGUUGGGGAUGGUGUUCGAGUUGUUUAGAAACUAUUACGGAUAUUACAAGGAGAUGGAGGAGGAGAUUGAGAAGAACUUGGGGGAGAGGGAAGUGGAUAAGAGAGAGGAUGGGGAGGUGUUCAGGAUGAAGAUUGCUCUGAAACUUGGGAGGAGUCUCUCUGAGCUCAAGUCCCUGGCUUCUUAUGUUUCUCCUUCUUCACGUACAGGCGAAGACAUCCAGGAGUUUGUGACAAAUGAAAAAUUAUAA